AAGUCCUAAGGGCCUUCUCCACUCCAUCGCUUCUCCUCCUCCUCCUCCCCCGCCGGAGAUCCUCGCUCUGCCUUCCCCUCCAGCCCCUCCAGCGCUCUGCUUUAUCUGCCCUUGAUCGCUCUCCGCUCGCGCUUUUUGCGCUCAGGCCUCGCAGCGUGGAGAACCCGGCGCUUAACACAGGGCGGGCUGCGGUGGGGUAGGGUGGGGUGGGGGCAGAGCGUAGAGGCUGCUUGCCAGGGGCAUCGAGGGGGCUACUUUAGGAAGGAGGGCAGGCGGGCUCGGAUCCCGGUUCUUUCCUUCCCACCCACCCCACUUGCACACUCCAUACUGAGUUUGGGACUUGGUUUUGGCCUCCGGAGGUUGAGCGCCCCAAGCCAAGCCAAGCCGUUCUUCUGCCUUGCCCUGAACUCUGGCCCUUGUGAGUGAGUGAGUGUGUGGCGGCGGGACGGCUGGGUGGUGUGUGCCUAAUAGGAAAUAGUCAAAGCAGUGAGGCAGGUCAGUCGGCCAGCGAUUAAGGGCCGGCUCUGCUCCACGCCGCUAGCUCGUCCGGAAAGGCAGCCCGCCGGAGCAGCCUGGCCGAGCAGCUGGGUUAUCGGGGUGGCGGCUGCGCAGGCCUCGGUUGGUGGUGGCGGCGGCGGGCACUGCUGCUGCUCUUCUUGACUUGCUGCUGCUGCUGCUGCUGUUGCGGCUGGCGGCGCCUCCGCUCGCCCCCCGCCCUCCGAUGAGCUCCUACUUUGUCAAUCCGCUGUACUCCAAGUACAAGGCGGCGGCGGGAGGGGGCGAGCCGCCCAUCAAUCCCGCUUACUACGACUGUCACUUUGCGCCCGCCGCCGCCGCCGCCGCCGCCUUGCUCUACGGGAACAGCGCAGCAGCAGCCGCGGCCGCCGCCGCUGCAGCCGCGGCCGCCGCUUCAGGCUACCCCGCUGCGCCGCCGGCUCCUGGGCCCGGCCCGGCCGUCAGCAGCGCGGAUUAUUUCCACCCUUCUCCCCUGGCCCCUCUUCCUCCUCCUCCCCACUCGCAGCAGCAGCAGCACCUGGCCGGGGGCAGCCCCUCGCCUUACCAGCCUCCCCCGCCUCCUUUGCAAGCCCCCUGCUCCGGCCUGCCUUGCUCAGCGGAGCCGACCAAGUUUUACGGAUACGAUAACUUACAGCGACCGACGAUUUUUACGACACACCAAGAGGCCGAGCUGCUUCAGUAUCCCGACUGUAAAUCGUCCUGUGCUAAUAUUGGCGAGGAACCAAGGCCCUUAAAUCAGAGCGCGUCUCCUUCUCCAGUGUUUCCCUGGAUGAGACCACAAGCAGCUCCUGGGAGGCGGAGAGGGAGGCAAACCUACAGCCGUUUCCAGACUUUAGAGCUGGAAAAGGAGUUCCUGUUUAACCCCUACCUGACCAGGAAGAGAAGGAUCGAGGUCUCCCACGCGCUAGGACUGACCGAACGGCAGGUCAAGAUCUGGUUCCAGAACCGGAGGAUGAAAUGGAAAAAAGAGAACAACAAGGACAAGUUCCCUGCCACUCGGCAAGAGGGGAAGGAAGGAGAGGUCAAAAGGGAAUCCGACAGAGACCUCGAAGGACAAGCCUCGGUCCCGGCAAAUUAAACUCUUCCUCCUCCUCCUGCUGCUGCUGGGAACCUUGGCCAAAGACUUUGGGGCAUCAACGGAUAGAGGGGCCAGGUGCUUGUCUUGGUCUCUGCCAAGUCCAUCAUGAUUGGGACUAAUCUCAAGACACCUUUUGUUGUCUUUGAAACUACCUUCUGACAUUUCUGGGCUAGAUGAGAGUUAGGCUUUUGUUAUUGCACUGGGCGCCUUCUUAGUUUGAUUCCCUUACGCUGCUGCACUUUCUACAUUUUUUAUUGUCCUUCCUUCCUUCCUUCCUUCCUUCCUUCCUUCCUUCCUUCCUUCCUUCCUUCCUUCCUUCCUUCUCCAACCCACCCCCCCAUUACCCCUUGGCCUUUGAUACUAAAAAAGGUAGCAGUUUUUUACCUACAGAUUUUUACUGGGGAUUUUUAUGUUUUCCUCCAAGGACAGAAUGUCAGGUCUCUCUUAUUAUACUUUAAGAACCAAACCAGCUAAGUGCACUUCUUUCGAUCCGCUUUAAAUUCUUCAGUCCCCCCCCUUCUUUCUCCUAAACUAAGUUAAUUAAGAAAGGAAAUAAUUGUGGGCCGAUGAGGGAUGCAAGGAAAUAUUUUAAUUUUAAACACUGAUUUUUUUUUCUCAUUCUCGAUAAUUAAAAUAAUAAUAAAAAAAUCCGACGUGUUAUUUA